AUGAGGGAAGUCGCCAUUCAAACAGUUCUGAUGUUCCUACUGUUAGACACAGUUUUUUCAAAGGUAUUGUUUCAAUUUGGACUGAAAAAAUUAUUUUACUAGCCAUCAGAGUACUCUCGGCUUGUAAAAAUAGAGUACUCUGAUGGCUAGUAACUCGAGUGAGCUUUCAUCUCGUUGACCAUGAUCAAUUAGACAAAUGCUCGUAAAUUUUGAGAUCUCGUAGCGUUUUCAAACUCAGUUUAAACCGACCUGCUCGAAAUGGAAAAAAAAACGAAUUCAGAGUGGAACCGAAAAAAAAUUUGAAUUCCCGCUCGAAGUUUCGCAGCAAGGUUGCUCUGUGGACAAAAAAAAAAAACAAUAUAUUGUUUUUUUUUAAAUUAAAAUUUUUCGGUUUUUUUCUACAUCUUUUUUUUUCUAAUUUUGCUGUUUUCAAGAUAAUAUUUCCAGGUCAUUGAAACCAUCUUUGCAAAAUAAUAGGCAAAAUAUGUUGCCUUGGUGAAAAAUGUGGAUUUUCUAGGCUUUUUUUAAAAUUCUUCUACACUUUCCGUAGUCGUUGCGAAUGAGGUAUAAUCUGCUUGUUGUAAACUUUUAAAAAACGACCUAAUUUAUUCGGCCAGAUUAAAUGUUCAGACAGUGCCAGCAUGUACACCGGCGCCACAUCGUCUUUGCUUCGUUCCAAGCUCAGAAAUGGCUGUUACGCUGACUGCCACGGAGAAACUCGCCGCUUCUUAUUCUCAGGACGUCGAAAUACAGCACGUCAUUCCUACCGGCCAGAAUUUCUCAAUUAUUGUUGACGUCAUGCAGAACAAGGUAGUAAAUCUCAGACCCGCAGAAAGCGUAUCUUCUUAAGGACCGCAUUGCUCGUGUCAUUUGCCUAGGCGAUGCUUUGGGAACUGAUUCCGUCUCGGUCGUCGACGACAAAACUGUGGUUUGUCUUUUUCAUUCUUCACCUUAUCUUAGAACUUUGGGGUUUCAUCAGAUGAAGUAAACCGGCGUUUUUAGAAUCAGUCGCCAAAAAAAGUCUACAGACAAGAUGAUAUUCUUCACUGCGAAGCUAAUCUUCUUAUUGCUUCCACUGAGGUAUUUAUCACUCAAAACUCUCUGAUAGCUUUUCGGGACGUCUUUUAGCAUCUCCCAUAUCAUCUUGAGUUGAUAACUCCGAACACGGCCGGUAAGUUUUUGAUUCCCUAUCUUCACAUAUUUAUUUGAUCGAUUUUUCAGUUAAAAAAGUUUUAGAAAUGUUCACCAUUGCUUUUUUUUGAUUUCUGUCAAUUUACCAAGUUUUAAUGAAAUUUUAUCAAUUUCGCAUAGAGAGAAUAUCAUUUAAAAACUACUUUUUAUAGACAUUUGUAGAAAGUGUUGCUUAUUGGACUUUUUCUGUCAUGAAAAAAAUUUUUUUCGGGUUUAUUUAAUUAAAAAAAUGUGGAUUGUAUUAUAAAUAGCUUCUCUUAUUUAGAAUAAUAAAAAAAUCUGUUCCAGACCCACUAGUCUCUCCAGCUAUCAACGUUGGACCGUCGCCAAAAACGGACGUUUCUGAAGGUCUCAGCGCCGAUGUGCGAAGGCAAUUCAGCAAGGCUCAUGGUUUUCCUGAAGGGAAUACCCUAGAACAAUGUUAUUUCAGCUAUUCUGAUGCUUCUCGCAUGGUUGUUUUUUGUGCCGUCCGCGUUUUUGUUUGCGCGAUUGGGCCGAGAUCUUUUUACCGAGCAGCGUAUCCUCGGAGUCGCCGUUUGGUUCCAGGUUAUUUUUUUUUCACAAGAUUUUUUAAUCUUAAUCUUCGUCAGUUUCAUCGCAUCGCCAACUUUAUCGGCGUCGUCUGUAUGGUCGCCUCUCUUUUGUGUAUUUUCAUUUCGAAACAAUGGACAUGGACCGGUUUAGGUCGGUUUCAAUUUGAUUUCUUUUCCCAAAGUUUUGAGGUUCCUUUUUCGAUGAACAGUGAUAAUUUGUAACAUUUCAUCUUUCUUCAGGCUCCAACGCCAAGUACUGGACGGAGGUCCAUACAAACGUCGGUGUGAUUGCCGUUGCUCUGGCCGUUGUUCAGGUCGUCGGAAGCUAUUUGAGGUUUUGUUUCAGAAGAAUUGAGUAGCUCGACUUUCAAUAGGUGCGAUCCUGGACAUCCAAAAAGGCUUGUCUUCAACUGGACUCAUCGUAUUUUGGGAAUCGUCUCAUAUUCCCUGGCUUGUAAGUUUUAUGAAAUUCACUUUCUGUUCCCAUUCUGACCUAGUGAAUUUCCAGUGACGGCGAUCUUGGUAGCCGCAAUGAACUUCAAACGGAUCUGGAACGAACCAGCCCUUGAAGUGGUCUUCUCGACGAUUCCUCUCUUCCUCUGUGUAGCACUGUCGGUCUUCUUUCCUCUCGUCGAGUACCGAAGUGCCGCCAAGUCUUCGUUCGGAGUGCGUAUUUUCGAAUUUUUCGAGUUUUCAUCUGAAUAACAGGGAACCAAAGUUUAGUUUCUUGUUUUUGUUUUGAGUGAUAUAACUCAGACGAACAAAUACGAAACGAUACGCAUGAACUUGCGAAGAAGGUUACUCCAGUCUGAGGAACCCCGCCGAUGGGUAGGCUUUGCUUUGUGCGAGCGGGAAAAGAAACGCUUUGCUAACUUUCGACCUUACCUUCUAACAACUCGUGCAUUUCCCCAAGCAUCUAGUAACGGCUUUGAAACAUUCAAUCGACUUUAACCUUGCGCAAGCCUCUCUUUUUCAAAUUACAUAAAGUAUGUAUAACCAAAAAGUAUUUAUUUCCGAUUAUAUUAAUAGUAGAUGAAGUCCUUAUAAAGAAAUUCUUUAUCAGUUCUCUCUGGAGCCCUUUUUCAGUUUUUCGGAACCAAACUUUUUAGUAAAACUUAGUAACUGGCUAUAGCUGGAACCUUAGGCGAGAGAGGUCGAGCAGCUCCUCCCGGAGUCGGACUUGUCGGAGUUCUUGGAAACGCCAUCUGAGAGACCACGAAAACAAAGGGUAGAUUUUCGGUACCCGAUCCCUCUGUUUGUCUUUUCAUGAACCCCAGCAGUUCAGAGUGGGUGAAACCACCUACUUCCCUACUGCGUCCUAGACCUUCUUUUUUUUUUUCUUUUCUACGACCUUUGAUUCUGAAGCCGAGUUCAAUAAUUCAUUCUCAAGAGCUUGAAGAAGCCUACUCGAAAAAUCAGACCUUAUAGCAGCGCCGAAUUUAUAAAAAUCAGUCUUUCUAACCAAUUAUUGCAAACAAAAGGUAGAGUAAAGAAUUAAACUAACUCGGGCCGGAUGUUCUCGGAUGAAUGAAUAAAAAAAAAAAAAUUUAAAACAAAUGCCAUAUUCAGGCUUCGCCGAUGCGCCAGCCUCUUAUUUUUUGGUCGAUCGGAGUUUUCUUCGCUUCUGCUGUUGCACUCUCUUUCCUCGUCGCAAAUGGCUACAAAAAACCUUAAUCCAUUCUCAAUCAAAUUUUUUAUCUUUUGUAUUCAAUUCACCUGCCCUCUUUCACAUUCCUCGAUUAUCGACCAUAACUGAAGCGAGAACUGUUUGGUUUUAUAUUUGAACUAAAUAGUUUUCUGAUAUCUACUUACUCAAUUUCCCAUUCCCUUUCACUCAACCAAGCUUCAUUAAAAAAACGAGAUCACUUUGCCAGCAUUCUAUGAUAUCCAGCGAGCUUUGAUGGUUCUGACCUCACGGGAAUUUUUUUUCCGAAAACACUUCGCAUUAUAUAACUUUACCUUUGCUGUUGAACCCCAGAGAUAAGAAAAAUAAAUAAUUCGUAAAAGAAAGUCAUUUAAAUGAUUUCACAAAAACAAAAUUUUCAGUUUUCGCAGGAAAACAUAAAAGACAGUCGACCGCAGGCCUGCGUUGAAUUCCUGCAGGAUGAUUUUUUAAGGAAGAAAAAAACUCUUAAUAGCUCUAUUAUUUCAUCGCUUUUUUUUGAGUGGAAUGAAAAAUUUCUAGAUAAGUUUUAAAAAUUAAUGCCGUGUUCAAAGUGAUUCCGCGAAAUUCAAAAUAGCCGUCAGAGAAAGAAAAAGACAACUGAAUUUUGGAGGGUCAGAGACCAUUUCGCAUUUCGCGGAAAUUACUUUGAACACGGCAUUAAAAACUAUGGCUGCAGCAGCCGAAGUAUCCAAAUUGUCUUUUCGGAUUUUACGGACAUCGUAAAUCCACAACAACAAAUUGAUCACUGGAGUGGAACUUACUCUUUUUUUUUUGACAUUUUUUCCUUUUUCAAUUUUGAAAGUUUUUAGAUGUUGAUAUCCAAAAUUUAGCACGAACCGUGGUGAACUUCUUCUUUUUUUUUGUUGGAAGUUUCUUUCAUUAUAUAUUUCAAAUCGAAAAAGGAAAAUAGAAUUAUUUUCCUCAGCUGCGUUCUUAUGAUCCUUUAAGCAUCUUUCCUAUGUUUACAAACAAAAAUCGAACUCCUGCAGGAUGAUUUUUUAGGAAGAUAAAAUCUCUUAAUAGCUCUAUUAUUUCAUCAAAAAUUCUGACUUUUUAUGCUUGCUAAUUUGAGCUCAUAAACUCGUUCCUCGGAGUCUAUCAAAGGUUUUUUCUUUCUGACGACUAGAAAAAACUUCUAUAUGACAGAAUCCUGAGGUAACCUAGUUAUUUUUCUUGUUUCAAUCGAGUGUUUUUUUUAGACUACCUGGGAAAAUGGGUGAUUGGUGCGAAUCCGACGCCGGGGGCGUUGGAGUGCCUCCGAGAACGCCCACUGGCGCUCGGAGCACGGUUUUCGUGAACGAAAAGCUUGGCACCGAGUUCUUCUCAAAUCUCGCCACGAUUCGAGCGUCAGUUCACGAAUACAUAGUUCCAUUCAGUGUAUCUCAUUUUUUAGGCAGACCUCCUUGUGCGACGUUGUGUUGGAGGCCCAGUGUUCGAAUCCUUCGGCGGCCUACACGACGGAGGACGAACUCGCCACAAUGGCACAGCCUCCUUCCGCCUUGAUUCAUGCCCAUCGAGUUGUGCUCGCUGCUGCGAGCCCAUACUUCCAGUUAGUUUGGCUAUAUUUCUCGGGCAAAACUGAAAAGCUCCUCAAAAGCUUUUCUUUAAAAAAACCAUUCAAGGAGCUUUUAGAGGAACCUUUAUAGCUUCCUCUCAAGAUCCUUUGAGGACCCGCAAAGGAACUUUUCCGUUUUAUCUAUGCAGGAAAGGUUUUUUUUCCAUUCCCAUACUUUAGUUUCAAUUUUAUCAAAAAACGAUUUUUCUCUUUUUUUUUCAAAUUUUGAUUUCUCGUUUUCAGUGCAAUGUUCACAACCGGUAUGCUCGAAACUGUUAGCCGGACAGUCACUAUGAAGGUUUUGUUCUUUGUUUUGACAUAUCAUAUCGAAUACUGGUUUUUUUUUUCUGGUUGAAAUUUUCUCGGGCAAAACUGAAAAGCUCCCCAAAAGCUUUUCUCAAAAAAAGACCUUGAAAGGGUCCCCAGCAGAUCUUUUUACAUCAUUUAAGUUCUUUUUUGCAUCGUUUUCACAUCCUCUGACAAAAAGGAUGCUGGAAAGCAACUAAAAAGAUUCAAGAGGAUUCAAAAAGGAUCCUUUGAGGCUAUGAAGAAGGUGCUCAAAAGCUUUUUUACAUCAUUUUAGGAGCUUUUAGAGGAAGCUUUUCAUCUCCCUCUCAGGAUCCUCAAAGGAACUUUUCCGUUUUCCCUAUGUUAAUUUCUCUUCGAAUGUUUUAUUUCCGUUUUUUAUUUAAAUUUUUCCAGUUUUCAUGAGAUUGUUAAUUGGCCCUAACGUCUUUAAAAUUCACAUUUUUUUGGAAUAUUCUCUACAAAAAAAACCGGAUAAUCGAUGAAAUAUAUUUAACUGCUUCCCCAAUAGUUUCUUGUGUAAAUUAUAUACUUCGGGUACAAGGGAAUCAAAAAAGUGAACUAAUGAUUUCAGAAGCAAAUAAUAUUGUUCGAGCAUGUUCGAAUCCCUCAAUCGUGAAGUUAUUUCUUAAGGGAAUCGAUGGCGACGUACUGGCCCAACUCGUCGACUACAUGUACAGCGGGAAGCUGCACGUGGAGGAGUCGACGGUGCAGUCGAUGCUCGCCUCGGCCAGCCUCCUGCAGCUGCACUUCGUCCGCGAAGCCUGUUCCCGGUCAGUCCUCAGCCCAACCUUUCUCCACGACUGCUUCUUCAGUUUUUUGUUGGAGCAACUCGACGUCUCCAAUUGUCUGGGCAUCUCUGCGUUCGCUCGUCUUCACGACUGCACGUUGCUCUCUCAGGCCGCGCAGCUCUUCACGAGACAACACUUUGGGUAUCGUCUUCUUGUUACAUGAAAAAAAUUACGUACAGUAAAUGAUAGAAAAAAGGCUGUUUUCUGUUCAGUGAGCUUGUCGGCAGCGAAGAACUGCUUUCGAUGGACGAGGACAGUUUCCUGCAGCUCAUCGCCGACGAUCGGAUAACUACCAAAGUUUUUUUCGUGGAUUUCUCUGGCAAAGAAACUGUUUAGGGCGAAGAAGCUGUUUUCGAAGCGGUUAUUAAUUGGGUUCGACACGAGUUACAUCUACGCGAACCGUUGCUCCCAAAGUUAGUUUUGCCGAUAUUUUUGAAUAUACUAAUUGAAUUUUUUUUCACAAUCUCAUUAUCCGUGCAUAUGCAGUUUUUUAUUUUAACGUUUUCUAGGUCAUUCAAAAUUGUUUUAUAAAUGCUGACUUUUUCAAAUUAUUUAUGUCAUUUGUUUUAACAUACAGUUAUAUUCAUUGAACACUUAUUUUUAAAAAUGUCAGAAAAGACAUGCAUUUUUACAUGGUAAAACGGCUAACUUGGUUUGAAAGCGAUUAUUAUAUUGAAUGAAUGGAAAAAUUAAAAUUUUAAGGAUACUUUCUUAUGUGCGAUUGCCACUCCUCCAAAGGAAGUACCUUCUGAAUCGCGUCUAUUAUGAGCCUCUGGUAAUUAUUUUCUCAUGUGUGAAGCAUCUGAAAUGUAUGCUUUUAUCAACCAAAAGUUUUAUUGAUAGAUAAAUCGGAAUUUUCAAAAAUAAGCCGAUUUAUGAUAAAGGGCAGCGCUGUUUCCAAAAGCUGAAAUCCUCAGAACUGGAGAAGAUGAUUCAGAUUCGGUCGAACCGCAUCUGCAAGGACAUGCUUCUGAGCGUUUGCAAGUACCUUCUGGAGAAGGACGUCGAGGUCGGCGCCGCGACGGUUCCUAGUAGCGGCGUGGCGGCGGCGACGCGACGCGCCAGUCUCGCUUCGGACGUCGACGCCAUGUCGGAGAUGAUGGAGCGAUGUCCGCAAUGGCUGCGGCCGCGACAGCCGGUUCCGCUCUCGCAGGUAUUCCAGGUCUUCUCCACCGUCUAACUCGUCUCGUUCAGUACCUUCUGGUCGUCGGAGGUCAAUCUCCUAAAGCCAUUCCUAACGUCGAUUUGUUUGACCCAGACUCUCAUAUCUGGACUCCGUGUAAGUUUCUCCGAAAAUGUGUACAUUAUGAUUGAAAAACUGAAAAUUACCCGAACAAAAGGCUCUCCUUCAGGUGCGCAGCUGCCUCAGCGACGCUGCCGUAGUGGUGUGAGUAUUUGCCGAGGCUUAGUCUACGCCAGUGGAGGAUUCAACGGAGCGCAGCGCAUCCGUUCUGUCGAUGUCUAUGACCCCAGAAGGUUGCACUCGAAUCGGGAACGCUCUUCUUAUUUUGAUCCAUGUUUAGAGAUAUGUGGAUAUCCGGAGCACCUAUGGGAGCCCGCAGAGCAACGCAUGGAUUGGCGGCCAGCGAAGGGACGCUUUUCGCCGUCGGCGGCUUCGAUGGAUCCACAGGCCUCACUAGCGCCGAAAUGCUUGACCCGCGAGCUGGUCUUGUCUUUUUUUCUACCCAUCCGGAAAAUUCAAAAAAUAACGAUUAAUUAAAUGAAUGCCAUGUUAAGAUUUUGAAAUAGCUAAAUGAGCCUAAUUAAGGUGUUUGGACGCCUCUGCCGUCGAUGAGUGUCCGCCGGUCGAGCGUAGGAGUCACGGCCCUCAACGGCGCCAUUUUCGCGGUCGGAGGAUUCGACGGUGCUUCCAAACAAUGCUUGAACUCGGUUCGUUUCUUGUCUACCUUACGGAAACUUCUCGCCUUUACGUAA